GGGCCGCCGCCCGACUGGUCGCAGACGCGGCGGGUGGCGCUGGUGGCGCUCGCCUUCCACGGCAACUUCAGCUACGUGUGGCUGCGGGCGCUGGAGCGCGCGCUGCCCGGCCGCCGCCCCGCCGCCGUGCUCGCCAAGGUGCUCUGCGACCAGCUGCUGGGCGCGCCCGUCGCCGUGCUCGCCUUCUACACGGGUAUGAGCAUCCUUCAGAAGAAAGAAGACAUUUUUUCUGACUGUAGAAAGAAAUUUUGGAAUACCUAUAAGACCGGGUUGAUGUACUGGCCUUUUGUGCAGCUGUCCAACUUCAUAUUUAUACCUGUUUACCUGAGAACAGCUUACACUGGGCUCUGUGGCUUUCUCUGGGCUACCUUCAUUUGCUUUUCCCAGCAGAGUGGAGAUGGCACAGCAAAGUCAGCACUUGUGUGGCUCCAAAGAGAGGAGGUCAAUGCAGAUGAAGAACCAUCARAGAAAUAAGAACUUUAGUCGUGAACCCAUUCUAAAAUGGUAAACUGAGUUUUUGAAAGCCAGAAAACGGCACGGCAGCCUCAUUACUGUGUUUAGAACAAACAGCUGUCCYAACAUUUGUUGGUUAGUAUAAGCAGUGGAACAGAUUGUCUUUUGCCCAUUUUAUUUGUCAGAGAAGAGGCAAAUUGUGUAUGGGCACUUAGUUAUUUUCAUGCCGCCAGCCCUUCUCCUAUGGGAACAACUGACUGUAACAGGGCAGUGUAAGUAUUUGCACAUCGUGUCAGCCAACCUCUCUGGGGAGAAUUAUUAACUAUAAUUUAAUUUUCAAGCAACUUGUAAUUGCUAGAAAAGGGGGAAUAGAACAUUAAAUCAUCUGUGGUCAUACUUGACAAUUGUUAUCAGUGCAGAUUGCUUUGGCAGAACAAAAUUUAACAGACUUGUUACCUAAAAAGUGGCAUUGCACCUGUACUAUUCGGAGAAAAAAGUACCCUACAAGUCUUGCCACUUUUCCAUUGUCAUUAUGUUCAAGCAUAAUUAAGAUUUUGAAGAAGAAGAGCCUGAGGAAGACAGUAAUGUGAAUGCCAGAAUCCAUCUCAUAAUAAACUAGCUACAUAUAAGGAACUUCUUCCAGUCAUACAUAGUCAACCUUUCAAGUUUUUUUUGUAACAUUUCUAGUUGUAAGAGACACUGGAGUAUAGCAAUUACACAUAAUAAAUUAGGAAGAGGUAAAAAAUGAUGGGGCUGCCCUUUCAAACUGAGAAUCGGAUCUGGAUGUAGGUGUACUCACCACUAUUUUUUAAGCAUUUAAAUUUAUCUCAGAACAGAAACUGCAUUUUUUUUUGUAAUUACAGUAAAUUCAAAACAAACUAAUAAAGAAGUCCUUAGUUUAUUAGAGUGGGAUUUUAUGCCUUAAGGUUACUAAGCUGUAAGCUUGAAGCAUGCUGUGAUUUAGCACAUCUUGAUGAGGAGUGGAAAAGUAAGACUCAGCGCUCUUUUUUUAUAUGAGUAAUAAACCACUCCGGGGAAUGUCUGAAUUCCUCAGCCUUGUCUAAACAGUAAACCAAAGCCCUAUUAGGCUGUAAAGUGCAUUCCUUUUGCAGACAGCUCUACUACUUAAUAUUAUUCUUAUUUGCCACUGUUCGUCACUGCAGGAGCCUUCUGUUGCAAGGCUCCAACAGGGAAAGGGAUCAUGCAAGCGCUGCCCAAUCUACUCCAGGUAAAAUCAACUAGGUUAUCAUAACAUAGUGGUCAAGAGUGGUAGUCUGUAUGGCUUUGACUGCAGCAGAUGGGAAGAGGAUAAAUUUGAAGUGAAGAGGCUGCUUCUACUGCUUGCUUUGCUGGCAGAYGGGUGGAGGAGGUAGCUUCCCUCUCAAGGAUGACAAGUCACUGCAGUURGUUCAUCUUCAGCUGGCACUGUCAGCUCUGGAACAGGGCAUCUGUCUACAGUCUUAAGGUUGGACUCAGUUUACUUUAGACAUCUGUAAUAAGGACAUCUACACUGGGCAUAUUCAGUUGCAGCUUCCUCUACUGGUAGCAGAGGCAAACAGGGAGUUGUGGACAGUUAUUUUAGAUAGGUGAGAUGAUCUGUGCAAGGUAGGUGCCUCUUUGUCUAUAGCACACCGUUGGGACACUGGCCCCAAGGUAGAUAGCUUCAUUAUAGAUUGUUAUAUUUGGCCAAGUGAAUCCCCUGCUUGGUAUCUAUUUUAGGUAUCAAUGUAGGAAUAAUACUGUGAGUGUUGCUGCUUGGUCUACCCAGUGUGAACUGGCAGUCCUGAAGCUGGUCUUCCCAGCAGGACUGGACAUCCACAGAGGAACUAACUGAAAUUUAUCUAUUUAAAAAAAGAAAAGAUGAGUGAAUAGAAAUUUUCAGCCUGCUAUAGAUGUUGAAUUGUUAUUGUGCAUAUAUGUUUAAAGUUCUCAAGAUAAAUAAUUCCAGUAAUUUUGUCUAUUUUUAGAAUCAGAAUGUUUCAAAGUCUGUUCUAUUCAGAGUUACAUUAUCACAUGAUGUCUUGCAUUGUACUUAAAAGUUUCAGAUGAGGUGCAUUAAUGAUGUGUUUGGGUUUUUUUACAGCUUUUAUUUGUAUUUCUGCUUAUGCCUUAAGCAUUUAAUGAUUAAUAGAAUUCAUUAAAAAAAAAGAAUGUAAAAAUAAUGAUGAGAGUGAUACAGUGUUGUUUUGCUGCAUGUUGUAAGCACAGUGCCAUGUUAUGUUGCAACUCAGUGGUGGAACAAAAUAUUUCUGCAUAGGUAUAGAUAGCAUCAAAAUAGGGGAAUCAAAAAAAAAUCUGUCCUCAUGAUCUGUGGAAUUCUGAUGCUUUCCUUCAGCAGGAAUAUUUAUAAAUGGAACAUUUGUUUUUUAUUUUAAAAAGCUUAAAAGCUUACACAAGCCAUGUUUUGUUGCUGUAGGCUUUGCUGAUGCUAUCUCUGCUUGGGAACAUGAGCUAAAUACUGUAUUGUCUUCAUGCUUGUUUGUUUGUGGUUUCAGGGACAGGUUUCCCUAUUUUUAUCAUCUGUAGUUGCUAAGUAUUUGAAAGCCAAGUAACCCAGGUCCCUUUUCAUACAUAUAUAUUGUUUGUUUGUUUUGUAAUUGCCAGUGUUGAUAAUUCUUGUGAAAUUUUCAGGCUUACRUAACACAAAACAGUGAAGCUGUGUUUGGAAAAUUCUUGCUGUGCAUAAAUUGCUGUGCACCUUCUAAAGAUUUCCUGGCUCUCUCGGUUUAUUCUGUUAGAGGACCUAAUUCCUUAGUUGUUGGAGACGUUAUUAUUCCYUGGCACUUCUUUGGCUUAGAAGACUAUUUUUGACAUACAUAUAGAUUUGUGCUUGUUUCUACAAUUGGAGUUUAAUAAUCAAUAAUUGAGUACGUUCAUCAGAAAACAUGAGCUAGGUGAGACUUGUCUGUUUAGGUUUCUCUCUUAUUUUCCUCUUUAUUGAAAAACAGCUAUAGAAAAUUGUGUUCUAUGUCAGUGUAACAGAAUUGCAGUGAUCUUAAUGCCAGAUGAACACCGCAGAUUUCACUAACCAGAAUGAUACGAAUAGAAUUAGACAUCAAGUAGGUGCUCAGGAAGGAGGGAAUGCUCUGCCAAUAGCUACUGGGCAUGAAUUCAAGUGACAUUUCCAUUUCACRGGACCUCUGUAAGAGCAAAUGGAUUGAGAAGACACAUUCAUAUCAGGUAUAGCUGCAGCUUCAUAUUUUUUCAGGAGAGCUGUGGAGAUUUAGAAGGUGAAUGUGAUAACAUGGGAAUUUUAAAAUGUAUUUUUCUAUUGCAAAUCUUUAAUGUAAAUGAACCUCCUGGUGCUUACUGGUAUCUGAAGGACACACUUCUAAUUCACCAGAAAGCCUCCAUCUCUUUCACACCAGAAACAACCAACCAGUAGCAAUGCAUAAAAUAACCAGUUUCAUAUUGCAGAGAUGAUAAAACUGUCUGACUGUAGUUUGGUAUCACAUCUGAUGGGUAACUUCCCUGUAUAGCACAGGGAUAAAAAUAUGGGUAUGGCAUCUGAAAUCUAUGCAGCUUCUGCCUUAUGAUUC